AUGGACCCUCACGAAGAACAGGAGCAGGAAAUCGAGGUGCUUCGGUCCAUCUACCCGGACGAGCUCACGGUUUUAUCUCCCACGCAUUUCACCAUCUACUUGAAUCUAGAAACUUCUUCGGACAGAAAACACGCGCUUUUACUCGACGUGAAAUACCCCCCAUCAUAUCCCGAAGUGGCGCCGGGUCUAGAUAUCCGGACUGUGCAGGUCGAAGACGACUCGGCGGAUUAUGAAGAUCUGGACGACGACGACAAUGAUGCCCCCGAGCAGUAUGUGAGUUUGGCAGAAGGCGUCGAAUUCGAGCGCCCGGACUUGGCCGAGUUGCUGGACAAAAUCAACGAGGAGGCCGAGAUGAAUAUUGGCAUCCCGUCCAUUUUCGCCGUUGCCGCCAUUUUGAAAGACGAGGCCGAGCUUUUGUUCCAGCGAAAAGUGGACCAAGCCCAGAAGGAGUAUGAUGAUGAGCUUUUGGCCCGAGAGGCCGUGGAGCAAAAAAAAUUCAACGGUACUAAAGUGACCCAGGAGUCUUUUACGCAAUGGAGAAACGAGUUCCGUGCCGAGAUGAAGGUCGAGGCCAGAGACAAGGAGAGGUUUGACAGGAUGCACAACGGCAAAAUGACCGGGAGAGAGAUUUUCGAGAAGGGCCUCGCGGGAGAAUUCGACGACGAGCUU